UUCGUUUUCGCUGGGGCCUACAUGCCGUUUGAAUAGUAUUAUUACCUCUUGGAAUACUGGGCCAUAUGACUACGUUGAACCUUCUUAAACCCGUGCUGUUCGCGUCUGUGUUCAACGUUCAACCUCAGUUUGUCUGUUCUCUCCCUCGCCAUUUCUUCAUAUCUUGUGCCGCCUUUCAUCGUUUCCAUAUUUCAGUUAUUCUUCUUAGACGCAGACUUCCUGUGCAACAUGGUUAGCGUGCCUGCGACGUACGGUGCGAUCCUUGUGGGUGGUUUUUUGGCCGCUGCACUUUCAGGGAUCGUUACAGUACAAUCAUUCAUUUACUUCAAGUUAUACCCCACAGAUCUACCCUGGAGGAAGGCCAUGGUUGCCGUGAUAUGGAUCUUGGACAGUAUCCAUACCGCAUUGGUUGGUGCAUCGAUAUGGAUUUAUCUAAUAAACAACUUUGGUGAUACAUCAGAAAUAAAUGAUAUACCUGAGACCGUGGCGAUGACAAUAGCACUGACCGCGAUAUUGACAUUCAUUGUCCACUGCUUUUUCGCCCAUCGCAUACAUAAACUGAGCCGUUGUGAUUGGCGCAUCACCGCCCCUAUUUUGGCCAUCGCAUUUUUGCGGCUAUGUUCUGCUUCUGUAACAACGGCCGAAAUGAUUCAUCUCAAGACCUUCUCAGAGUUCAGGCAGGAGUUCCGAUGGGUUUUCACAUUGGGUCUCGCACUAUCAUCUCUCGUCGACGUUCUCAUUGCGAUAUUCCUUUGUUACUCGCUGCGAGCUACCCGUAAAGCUUCUUCAAGUAUGGACUAUGUCAUCAAUUCUGUAAUCUUGUAUACAUUGGAGAAUAAUUCUCUCACCAGCGCCGCAACUGUCAUCUCCAUGAUUUGCUGGCUUGUAAUGCCCACCAACCUCAUUUUCAUGGGGCUGCAUUUUGUCAUUAGUAAACUGUAUGCGAACUCUCUGUUGGCCACAUUGAACGCUCGGAAGCAACUCCGGCAAGAGCGAGCCCAGAGAGGCUUGUCGGGAGAACUCCCUUUGGCAUUCCCGGGCUUGGUAAAUCGCUUCCGUUCAGACCAGCGUGACACUUCGCGGAUGGAUCCCAUUGGAACCAAGCUGGAAAUCAACGUCGAAAAAACCGUAGAAUAUGAGGUAGAUGCAGACACCAUGACUCCCCACUCUCCGUCUCCUUCGUCGACUUCUCCGAAAGCUUCCUGCCAUCCAUCUGGAGCGAUUUCACAGAUGGCUUAGUUCACAACCUCCUACACCCUUUUGAUCCUAUUGUCGUACCGUGAAUCUUCUUUGAUAUAUGUCCAUCUUUUGCUGUCAAUCAUUUCCACACCUGUCUUUAUCGAAAGCUGUACUAUCUUCCUCGCUAUGUAGCAACAUACACCGUCCCAUAUCUAAUAGUAUCUCUGCGUUGUCUGUCGUCUACAUUAAUGUAAAAAAGCGUUUAGUGACGCUAUAGGCCUCAAGUCAAAUCACUCGGACUUGUCCGUGAAAUGCUGUUGCCCGGCAAGCCG